UUCAGCUUCCUCCCCCCUCCCCCCGCUCUGCUUUGAGCUCCGAAGCUUUAUAAACCCAUCAUCGUCUUCUUCCUCGAAAGGAAAGAAAUCUUCUUCUUCUUCUUCUCCCUCUCUCUCUUCUGCCCUGCCGCUUCUCUCUGUUUCUUCUUCACUGAGAAGUGAGCAAACGCCCGACUAUCUAUCGUCUGACCGGUUCUUAUUCUGCUCUGCAAACUCAUCCUUCUGAGUGAUGGGGGUGAGCUGCCGGUGCUCCCACACUUCCCACAUCACUGAGAUCAUCAUCACCAGCUUCUUCCGCCACAAAUAAAGCACCCCCCACUUCCAAGUACUCGUGGGAUCACAACAGAGCUGACCGAGCUUUGGGAACCGACCCACAGAGAAAAGAACAUAGCUUUUUCCAUGGCGACAGUUGAUUGAUUGAACAGAAACCCCCUUAGCUUUCGGAUUCUACCAUGGCGGGUGGUCCCCUGGCAUUCGCCGGCGCCGGCGGCCGUUCAACCCUCUCGUCUCUUCUCCAAAAUCAACGGCCCCUUCCCUCCUCCUCCUCCUCCUCCUCUGCUGAUGCCUUCUUCCUCUCCGGGUCUUCUCCUCCUUUUCUUGGUGCCAGAGCUAUGUUGAGCUUUGAAAACAUCCACGGAGCGAACGGGCCUACCAGCUCAAUCUUCCGCCCGUUUGAUAACGAUGAGAACGGGGAGGAGGACAUCGAUGAGUUCUUCCACCAGCCUGAGAAGAAGAGGAGAUUGACCGCCAAUCAGGUCCAGUUCCUCGAGAAGAGCUUCGAGGUGGAGAACAAGCUCGAGCCCGAGCGGAAAGUCCAGCUCGCCAAGGACCUGGGCCUGCAGCCCCGACAAGUUGCGAUAUGGUUCCAGAACCGCCGAGCCCGUUGGAAGACGAAGCAGCUUGAGAAGGACUACGAUGCUCUCCAGGCGAACUAUGACGCCCUCAAGUCCGACUUCGAGAACCUCCUCAAGGAGAGGGAUGCAUUGGAGUCCGAGGUUCUUGUGCUCAAGGACAGGCUGCUUCGCAAAGACAAGGAAGAAAGCGAAAACCCAAAGCUGCCCGUUGUCCUAUCCCAAGAACCGACUGAACCAGUUCUCGCUUCUUCUUCUGAUGGCGAGGUAUCUGAGGUACCGAUCCUCGUGAGCAAGCAGGACGACAUCUGCUCGGCGAAAAGUGACAUAAUCGACUCGGACAGCCCACACUUCACCGGCCACUCGUCGCACUUAGAGCCUGCGGACUCUUCCUACGCAUUCGAGCCAGAGCAAUCAGACCUCUCCCAGGACGAGGAAGACGUCCCGAGCAAGAACUUCCUCAGCGUAUUCCCGAAACUCGAGAGCUCCGACUACCAAGAGAACCCGCCUGCAAGCUCUUGCCACUUCGGGUUCCACACCGGGGACCAAGACCAUGCCUUCUGGUCCUGGUCCUACUGAAAGUUAGCACUAGCUAGCCCCAUGUUCCAUGUCCUGUCUUUUGGAACUUAGUCCACUCCACUCCACUGUUUCGUAGUAUUGCUGUACGCAUAGAGCAAUAAAUCCCCGUCAAUGGUACCACCUUAACCAAAAUACACACGUGGGCUUGUAGGUCUCUUUUGGAAGCUUGAAACAUUGGUGGGUUCUCUCGUGUCCCUUCUUCAUGUUCAUGGUGUAUCUAAAUAAAUCUCAACUCGUUGCAAGAAAACCUCUUUCGAGGAUCAGCGGGAUGCUUGUGCU